AUAAUAAAAACAGCGCGCAGGCCGCGGUUGACGAGUUGUGAAAUAUAAUUAUUAGAGAAUAUUAUUGUUAGAAAAUAUAUACAGUUACUGUAAAUCGAAGUAACUAGUAUAUAUUCUACAGGUAUUUUACAAUCAAGAAGCAGUCAAGAUGGACUGGAUGUACGAUGGUAUCAAGGUCGAGAAAGAAGAUUAUCUUUUGGGACGAAAAGUCGACAAAAAUCUCGGCGACAAUUCUGGUAAAGAAACAUUUUUACCCACUCCAAUAUGCUUGGCAGAGGAUAAAUUCUCACAAGUGGACAUGUCUAAGAAAAUCUCUGAGGAUCCAUUGGUGAAAAUUAAGAAAAGAGAAAUUGAAUGCACUCAAAAACUUCUGCAGAAUCCGAUGCGUUUGAAAAAACAACAAAAUACUAAACUGUUACAAAAAAACGGAAUUGACGACCAUCAAUUGGAUAUGAUCCUUGUAAGCCGUUUGAAAUCGUAUGAGAAGGCCGGACUCGAUCUUGCACAAAUAUUGUCAAUCACUAAACAUAAAAAGAAGCAUAAGGAAGAUAGUAAAGAGACUGAAAAAGAAUUGGCUGAUAAAACAAAUAAUGAUAGGCAAAGAAAACAAAGAAACAAAUCGGCCAGUUUGGACAGAGAAGUUCCUGGUCACAGCCCGUAUAAAGACCAACGACAAGAAGUAAAUAGAAAAUACAAUCAGAGGCGAAGGUACGAUUCUCCUUCGCAACGGCGUAAUUAUGAUAGAAAUCUCCGGAAGAGGUCUGUUAGUAGUGAAUCGAAUGGCAGUCCAAGUGAUCGUAAUAAAAGGAACGAACACAAAGAAAUAAAAUACAAUAGAAGGCCUAGAUCGAGGUCGCCGGACGAUAAAUUUUACCAAAAAAACAAGAACUCUCGGGAUAGGAAUAACGAUGGGCACGAGCCUAGGAAUUACGUAAGAAAAUACAAUGAUGACGAUUCGAAAGACAACAAAUCUAGGUACAAGGAAAGGAAUAGUUAUCACCAAAGUGGUAAGAACAAUGAUAGAAAGCGGCAUAGGUCGCCGAGUUGUGAAAAAAAGUCCGAACAAACAAAUCCCAAACGGUAUGAGGCUGUAAAAAAUAAAAACCAAGUCAAAGACAGAUUGGGCAGUUCUGAUGAAGAAAUCCAGAAAAGAAAUUCAAAGAACUCUAAUUAUGAUUGUAAAAGUAGUAAUAACAGGAAAGAUCGAAAUAGAAAAAGUAGAUCGAGCAGCUCGAAACCACAUGACAAACAGAAAAAAAAAACUGAGCCGAAAAAGCACUAUGAUAACGACAAACAUGAGUCUAAAUUGUCAAGUGAUUCAGACUAUGAUAAAAGCAUAAAAGUUUCAAAACUAAAACCGAAACGGCGCCAUAGUAGUUCUGAAAGUAGUUUGUCAGACGCAGAGCAUAACAAGAAUGAAACCAAACCCAAAAAUUAUGGUCUGUUUGUCCCUGAUGCUCAAAAAUUAAAAAAAAAACCUUCAAAUAAUUCGUUGGUACCGUCCAAAGUAGCAAAUAGCCAAAAAGCUGAACUUGUCCGUCUCAGCGAGUCACUUAAAAAGAAGGGGAAAAUGACAGAUGAAGAGAUGGAGAAAUUGAGAAAAGAAAUGAUGCAUGAUGCUAAAAUUAGGGAUAAGGAGCGAUCUAGUAAUGUAAAACGUUACAGAAAAGUGGACGCAAAAGAAGAAGAAAAGCAAAAACCUUAUAGUAAAGAGUUUUUAAUCAAACAACUUGCACACGCAGCUUCACAGGUCAGCGUAGAAAGGAGUAUUAAGUCUAAUAUAAAUAAGCUGCAAAAAAAUCCUAGUAUGGCCGAUUAAAAUGUUAAAAAUAUUUUUCCAUUUAUUAUGACAAUUUGUUAUUUGACGCAGUUAUAUUUAACAGCAUUUCUAUUAUUUUGU